AUGGCUCUGGUUUUCCUGAGACAGGAGGAUCUGGCAAUGGCUGAGGGUAGGCAUUCUUUACGGGGUGUUGGUGUUUCUUUGGAAAGUCUGCAAGCCCAAGAGGACGCCCGAUCCAAGCGCCACUCCACCUCUGAGCUGGGUAUCAUCACCUUCAGUGAUGUUCACAAGGAGGGCUGGCUGCACUACAAACAGAUUCUGACAGAGAAGGGAAAGAAAGUUGGUGGGAGCAUGCGACCGUGGAGACGCGCCUUCUCCGUUCUCCGCUCCCAAUCACUCUUCCUUUACAAAGACAAGCGAGAUGCAGUGAUUCACGGGGCAGGAGCAGGACCCGGUCAGGUUGAACAUUGUCCAAUCAGCAUCCGCUGCUGCUUGAUUGACAUUGCCUACAGUGAAACCAAGCGGAAACACACCUUGAGGUUGACCACGCAGGAUUUCUGCGAGUACCUGCUUCAGGCCGAGGAUAACGAUGACAUGCUGGCAUGGAUCAAGGUUAUUAGGGAGAAUAGCAAAACAGAUAACGAGGAGAUUGGUUUCUCAAGACAGGCUCUCAUCAACAAGAAGCUGAAUGACUACAAGAAACACAGAAAUCUAGCCCUGGUGUUUGGACCCACUCUGGUGAGGACAUCAGAGGACAACAUGACAGACAUGGUCACCCACAUGCCUGAUCGCUACAAAAUAGUAGAGACCCUUAUCCUGCAU